UGCGCAUGUGUGCGGAUGUGCUGGGCCUCUCCGAGUAAAGAUGGCGGAACGCGGUUACAGCUUUUCGCUGACAACCUUCAGCCCAUCUGGUAAGCUUGUCCAGAUUGAAUAUGCAUUGGCAGCUGUAGCUGGAGGAGCCCCUUCGGUGGGAAUUAAAGCUGCGAAUGGUGUGGUAUUAGCAACAGAGAAGAAACAGAAGACCAUUCUGUACCAUGAGCGAAGUGCACACAAAGUAGAGCCAAUUACCAAACACAUAGGUUUGGUGUACAGCGGCAUGGGCCCAGAUUACAGAGUGCUUGUGCACAGAGCUCGGAAACUCGCCCAGCAGUACUACCUUGUUUACCAGCAGCCCAUCCCCACAGCCCAGCUGGUACAGAGAGUAGCUUCCGUGAUGCAGGAAUACACCCAGUCAGGUGGUGUUCGUCCAUUUGGUGUUUCUUUACUUAUUUGUGGUUGGAAUGAGGGACGGCCAUAUUUAUUUCAGUCAGACCCAUCUGGAGCUUACUUUGCCUGGAAGGCCACAGCCAUGGGAAAGAACUAUGUGAAUGGGAAAACUUUCCUUGAGAAAAGAUAUAAUGAAGAUCUGGAGCUUGAAGAUGCCAUUCACACAGCCAUCUUAACCCUAAAGGAGAGCUUUGAAGGGCAAAUGACAGAAGAUAACAUAGAGGUUGGCAUCUGCAAUGAAGCUGGCUUCAGGAGGCUCACUCCAACUGAAGUUAAGGACUACUUGGCUGCCAUUGCCUAAUAAUGAAGGGACUGAGUGGCCAGAAAUUUCAGAUAAUCGAUCUACUUAAACAUGUUUAAAGUAUGUUUUGUUUUGCAGACUUUUUGCAUACUUAUUUCUACAUGGUUUAAUGGACUGAUGUUUUUAAAAUGACACUUAUAAAUCAUAAUAAACUGGUAAAUCCAACUUCCAGGUUUUUAGGAGUUAGUAAAAUUUUAACAUUUUUCCUGACAUUUUUAACAUCAAACAUUUUAUUUCCAGAUACUCAUUGCAGUUGAUUUUUAGAAACUACACUGCAAGCAAAAAGAUGACGUGCACGAAGUCACUGUUAGGAUCUGUGCAGUUCGGUUCAAUCAGAUCACCACCUCAUUUAUAGUGGUGCUGCCUUUUUCUGGUUUUGGUGAAUUGUUUUUUGGAGCUGAGAGAACCUGCAUGAGACAGAUAAGCACAAGUGUUGAGUAUAUUUAUGGGUCGGGCCAGUGAGGUCUGAGCAGUGGUGGGGAACCUGUGGCAUUUGCGCCCCCAGACAGCUGUCACUCAACGCUCCAAGGUUUGCCUUCACUGUCCUUGAGUGCUUUGUUUGACUGCACUGAGCUGUGAGAGUUGCACCACACAGGUCUCCUGUGAGAGACAUUCUAUAAGAAAUAGCUGCCAUCUGCUUGUCCUAUUAGUUUCUCUAUCACAAGUACAUAAGAAUAUUUAAAAGAAAUCCCUAAGUUAUAUAGAUUUGCUAGUUCAAGUAUGGACAUCAGUGCUGGAAAUAAAAUAGUAAUCUUAAAUGUCAAAAUUGGCUUAAGGCUCUCCAUCAAUUUGGCAAUCAGAGCCUUUGCUGUAAGGUUUUUAAGCGGAAGGAAAUAGUGGCAUAUUCACAUAUGGGAUGGUUUUGUUUCUUUGGAUUUUUUUUUAA